UAAUGAGCUCUUGACAGCCGCAGCUCGCGAGGAGGAACCGUUAACUCUCUCAAACUGACAGGAUUUUAUCAUGGACUCCACAUUUACUUCAUUAAAAACGGCUGUCGGUGUAGUUUAACGUUUAAGCGUGCGGUUUUGCUCCUCUUUAGAUGUGUUUGCGGUGACGGAGUCGCUCAUAAUGUUCCGGUUGUUCUCGCUGGCGGAGCGCAGCAGACAGAAGCAGCGGCUCGAGCUCAGUCUGGCGGGAAUCUGCGAGCUCGAGCUGCUCAAGCGGCGGCACGAGGCGUCGAUCAUCCGCGCGCUCGCGCUUCACACACCCGAACCGGAACCGGAGAGUCCGGCGCGGCCGCGCGACGACCCGAACCCGAGGCUCCCGCCGCCGGAGGCGUCGUGGAGUUUGAUGAAGCUGCUGCAGCAUCAGGUGGGAGAGCUGAAGGUGGACGCAGACAGCUGCGCAGUCGAGCCUCUCACUGACGCUGGAGACGGUCGGCACAGCUCAGGCUCUGAACAGACUGAGGGUCCUUGUCUUCUCGGCCCGUCUGACUUCGCCCGCCCUGUCCGGCUCUCUGAGAGACCCAAGUCUGUUGGUGAUGUAUUUGUUGGCCGUGAGCUGAACGGGUCGGUUCGCGCUCCAGUUCCCCGCUCUCUCUCGGCGCCCCAUCCUCCGCUGGAGGGCAUCGGUGAAGAGGAGCCGUGGGUGUGGCAGCCUGGAGACGACGCAGAUGACGAACCCACCGCGGAGGACUACAGACAGGCGCAGCGCGUGGAGACGUACAUCCUCGGCCUGAUCCAGCGCCUCGCCUCCGCCAGACCGAACAAACCUCGCACCAGCCUGGGACCCGAUACCAGAGGAGUGAUCCGACAGAGCAGCAUCAGCCGCAAAGAGCCGGCGUACGUCCCGUGGGCCGACGACGAGCAGCAGUGCUCCGUCCGCUAUCCCAGACCGGUGCUCGCUGGGAUUCGCUCCACAUCUCUGGAUUUUCCCAGCAGCAGCGAGGCCGAAUCGCCACAACACGUCUACCAACACGCACACUCUCCGUCCUCGGACGAGCUGGUGAACGCGCAGUACAUCCCAGCGCAGCCUUGUCGCGCUCAAGCGUACAAAGCUCCGAAAGCCGGACGCUCGCCCGAGAGGAAACCGAGAGCGAUGCAGAAGAAGUGCCGCUUCACGGAGGAAAAGAUGGCGCCGAAGAAGCCCGGCCGGAAAGCCUGCCGCGCCCAAUCAGAGAACAACCUGCGAGGAGUUUCCGAGCGCAAAUACAACACAGCGGAGAGGAACGUUGCGCCCAAAACACGCCGCGGAUCGGGUCACCGCCGCUGGCGCUCCACGCUGGAACUGAGUCAGGACGAAGCCGAGACCGAACAACCAAUCAGACGCUCCCGUAAACCUCGCCCUCCACCCUGUGUCUACAGCCAGCCGGCGCCGCAUCUCCAUUCCCGCGAAGACCCGCCGGGAGAGUCCGAGUCCAGCCUGAGCGAGGCCGAGUCGCCCGCCUCCAGCUCGCUGUCCAGUGACUCUGACGAGAGCGGCGGAUUGGUGUGGCCGCAGCAGCUGGCUCCGCCCUCUCCGCCCGGAAACACCCUGCAGCCCAAAGCCUUUGUGAAGAUCAAAGCCUCGCACGCGCUCAAGAAGAAGAUCCUGAGGUUCAGAACCGGGUCACUCAAAGUCAUGACCACCGUAUGAGACACACACACACACACUUAUUUCUGUUGAAUAUCUUGUGUGUUUUGGCUAAUUCAGUUCAGUUUCAGUUUUGCUCAACCCUGAUCCACAGUGGACUGGAUCAUGAAAACACAACUCAAGUGUCAUUUCCAGCCGUGCCUUCUGAACCGAACCCGUUUGUUCAUUCUGGGAUUGAGACACUUUACCAUUUGUUUGGGGAGGAAAUAGAGGACGAUAGACUGAGUGCAACUCAACGCAUCGUUAUGACGCUCAUGGCGUAAGAUGCUGAAAAAACAGCAGCCAAACAUCUGUACAUCCGUCUGCAUUGACCAACACUUUAACGUAUCACAGAUAAACCAAGAUGAAUCACCACGGUGAUGAUGAUGAUGUCACACAUGUAAAUGUCUGUAAAUGUUCCCUGUAUUUAAACCUGUAAAUAAAAACCUCUUCGUAAUGAUAUGCUAAUGUCGCGAUGAAACUGAA